AUGGGUAUCAAGGGGAUAUACGCCGAACUUGGCCCCGGCCAACGGGUGUCUCUUGCAAAACUUGCAUCAGAAACCCUUGAGAAGUCCGGCAGGCCCCUUCGCAUAGCCGUCGACAUCUCCAUCUGGCAAUUCCAGGUCCAAGCCGCCCAGGAGCCCAUCUUCGUCUUCGACGGCCCCCGAAAGCCCGUCUUCAAGCGGAACAAGCGCUCCACGCAGGGCGACCGAACCUCCACCGCCCUCGCCCGACGCCUCGUCAAGCUCUUCGGCUUCCAGACGCACGACGCGCCCGGCGAGGCCGAGGCCGACGAGGACGUCGACACCAUCAUGUUUGGGUGCUCGAAAACCCUCCGGAACUGGUCCGCCGAGGUCUCCAACGUCAAGGGCAGCAAGGCGAAAAGCAACACGCCCACCCACAUCACCAUGUAUAGCGUCGACGACGAGCACUUUAUCAAGUCGGGCCUCGACAGGGAGGGCAUGGUGCUCGUGGCCCUCAUGAGCGGCGGCGACUACCUGCCCGAGGGCAUCCCCGGAUGCGGGCCCAAAGUAGCCUGCGAGGCUGCCCGAGCUGGGUUCGGCAAGUCCCUGUGCCGGCUCAAGAGGUCCGACGAGGCCGGCCUCCGACGGUGGAGGGACAGCCUCAUCAAGGAGCUGCGCACCAACGAGAGCGGCUUCUUCAGGACCAAGCACAAGGCGCUCGCGAUACCAGACGACUUCCCCAACCUCGAAGUCCUGCGGUACUACACCCACCCCGUCGUUUCCGAGGCCGCCACCGUCGAGAGGCUUAAGACCAGCGCGACAUGGAGCAAGCCGGUCGACGUCGUGCCCCUCCGAGGCUUCACCGACGAAAUCUUUGACUGGACGAACCGCAUCGGCGCCGAGAAGCUCGUCCGCGUCUUGGCGCCGGGCCUCCUCGUCCAAAAGCUCAUGCACAGGUCCCGCGCCAUCGCGACCCACGCCCCGCCCCUCGCGGUCGCCGAGCAGGAGGAGGCGGCCCUCGUAGCCAAGAUCUCGGGCCGCCGGACGCACGUCAGCACGGAUGGGAUGCAGGAGCUGCGCGCCCACUUUGUCCCCGCCGACGUCGUGGGCCUAGACUUGGAGGCCGAGCCCGAGGACGCGGUGGCCUAUGCGCGGGACGGGCUGGCGCUUAACAGCGACGACGAGUUUGCCGAGGGCGAGGCGGCGGCGGUGGCGGCGGCGGCGGCCCCGAAAAAGACGUUUGACCCGACGAAGCUUGAUGCCGUCUGGAUAUCCGAAUCGAUACUCAAGCUCGGGAGCCCCCUCACCGUGGAGGAUUUCGAGGCCGCGGAGCGAAAGAAGAUGGCGAAAAAGAAGGCGCCCGCCAAAACGCUCGACAACUGGCUCAAGGUGACCAAGGCGGUAAACGCCGACCUCGGUUCUUCCAAGCCCGCGCCCGCCUCUUCUUCCGUCCCUGAACCCCCACGCAAGGUUCAGAACUACCAAAGCCCGUCCGGCCUCGUGGACGACCCAAACCCGACCUCGGUCCUCUCCCGAAGCGGCGUGACGGCGGAGGGCUCGCCCACGAGGAGGAAGGGGUCUAGCGCCAAGGUGUCCAAGGCCGGCGGCGCCGCGCAGCAAAAGAUUCUCUUCCCGGUAUCCAAAUCGGCGUCUGACCGCCUAGGGAAGAAGACGGGUUCUGCUCACCGGGAACCGUUGCUAGAACUUAUUGGCGGGGAGGAGCAGCGGCGCAGAGGAAGCGCCAGAGCGCCAUCUCCAUCAUCGACCUGA